AUGUCGAUAGUUAACCUCCGGGAGACUAUGUUCAGAGGACAACAAACCAACCUUACACUGUGGCUGGAGUUGAGGUGUGCUGUCAAGGUGUGGUUCCAAAACAAGCGGUCCAAGUGCAAGAAGAUGCAGAAGGCGGUGCAGGCGGGAGGAGGCCGAGGCAUCCAGGGCGCACCUCUAGAGUCUCCCUCGUCUCUCACUUCAGCCCCACUGUCGGCGACGUCCCCCUACCAGACCUGCACGACUCCUACUCCAAACAGCCCCUCAAGCAAGCCUUACAGCGAGCCAGCCCUCUUCCAGCCCCCACAGCAGUCCUACAACAAGCCGUCAGCCCUCACCCCCCUCGUCUCUGUAACACACUCGGGCCCAGACAGCGAGAACCACCAGAUGGUCGCGCAAAACUACAACCAACACCCACACAUCAAGUCGGAGUUGAUGAACUCAGCUUCCCAGUCCCCCAGCACGGCCUCGCCUCACACCCACCAUUCUUCCUUACAGCUCCAGUCUGAGGGAGGCUCCCCUCUCUCCUGUAUGUCGCACCUCCAUUAUUCCCCUCACUCAGAGUCUCCUCAACCCCAUUUCCAGUCGGCGUUCCCUCAUUCUCAUCCUUCUCACUCACAUCCACACUACCCGCCCCACGCAGCAUCUCCUCACUCCCAUCCACCGCCAUUACAUCCACUCCAGCUGCCCCCGCACGCCCACGGGCAUCCCCAACACCCGCCCACACCCACUAGCCAGUCGCACGACAACCAUGGUUCGCCCCACCUGUGUCCCCCUGGCCCGCCCGGGGCGCCGUGUCCACCUCAGCACCAGCAUCACAUGAACCACCAGCCCCAUGGGGGAUACAUGCCCCCCACCUCCAUAGCACCGCCCGUAUCCUCGGCUGACCACAUGUCGCUGCCGCCCUCUGCCUCGUCGCCCGGGCUGGCCGCCCACCACUGGGACAUGAAGCCGCCCGCGCCGGCGCCCUACAUGUACUCGUGGUACUCCCCUGACCAACAACAUCUCCUUACCUAA